AUGCAUGAGAGCGUGGUGGAGGAUUACAUGGUAAUUAAGGCCCAGGAAAAGGCUUGGGAAGAAGCCUCUGAAAGUGAUAUGCUAGAGGUCUUGGAAGAGGCUCUCAUCUGCACCAAAUGCCAGAUCACGGUCACAGAGGCGAUUAUGAAGCUGGACGUCGAUAAUGGAGCCUACAUUGACGCUCACUACCCACCCUUCUUUGCCAACACCCGCACAAGGGAUGACAACAUAUCACCCCUCCAUGCCGACUCCUCGAAAACCAAAUAUGAAGAUCCUUCGUGGUGGCGAAAGAUUUCGUUCUCCCAACGGGAGCGGUACUACGCCAUGGUCGAAGAAAACCUCAACCGAUCCCUAAACGAGAACAAAGAUAUCGAUCCCGAAGUGGCCGUCCUAUUCGCCCACUACCAGGUCGACUAUCACAUUCGACAGCACUAUCUGGCUCGGCGUGGGGUUCUAAGCCUCUGUCGCAACGCAAGUGACCUGCAAGAUUUGCGCACCUGGCAGUGGGAUAUGGCUGCUAUCGACCGGAUCAACAUGGGGAAGGACAUUGAUGUCUCUGAUCCCGAUGAGGGUUGGUUGCCUGAGGAGCGUCAAUGGGGAUGGCCAGGGGAUCGUAACCUGGAAAAGGCGCAUCAAGUGCCGAUGUGGAAACGCAAUUCGCCUGUACGGCGAAAGCGACUGCGUGCUGUUCGGGCCAAGUGGGCGAUCAUCAUGGAAGAGCGCCGCAAGCAACGGGAGGAGUUGCUGAAAAAGACUGGCACCACGGUGACUGUUCGGCUGUACCUUUCCGGUGACUUGAUGACUGUACGGGAGCUUCCGAGAGUGGUGGAGGUAGAGUCUGGGAUGCGACUGGGGAAGAAGAUGAAGAGUUCUACGUUCUGA